AUGAUUAUGAAUUUGGACUUAGCAGAAAGCCUGAAUUAUAUAAGCAAAUUGCAACCUAAAGAGUACAAAGACAACAAAAAUAAUUUAACAGUAAUAAAUUUAAGUCGUAAUCUUCUGAGUAGCUUUAAUCUGGACCGGAUAGUCGCAUUAGGCAUUACAUGCCCUUUCAAAAUAGACUUAGGUCAUAAUUUAAUUAAAAACAUACAUGUUUUAUCAGAUAUAUUGAAUACCAAUGAAGACUGCGAAGGUGAAAUUCAAAUAAGUGGGAACCCUGUGCAGUGUGAUUGUACAUUAGCAUGGAUUUUCAAUGAUAAUUAUCGCAACCAUUUUAGCGAUUUGCAGUGUAAUCAAACGUCAACCAAACAACUUACGAAUAUCACACAACUUCGACGGGACGAGCUGUGCGAUUGGCAACCUGUACUGUGUCCCAGAAAGUGCGUUUGUCACACUCAAUCUGAGUUUCUGACCAUUAAAUGCAACGGCAGGGAACUCGACGUUAUCGAAGAGCUGCCACGUCCCGAGCAACUUGGGCUCACGACUUCGAUUCUCGAUAUUAGCAGCAAUCAGUUCACGAGUUUGCCGCCAAAUAUCACAUUCGGCUAUGCAAACGUUUCACAACUCUACGCUUCGAACAAUAAAAUCUUCAACAUAAGUCUCUUUGAACUUCCAACCAAUUUGACAGUGCUGGAUCUACGUAAUAAUCGUUUAAAAUCGUUAAGUACUGAUUUUUUGCGUUCUUUUCUCAAUAAGAGCACGAAACUACAAUUUCUGAAUCUGAGUGCAAAUCCAUGGUUUUGCGACUGUGCUGCUCAACAGCUGCUCUACACGAUACGCGCACAUCGGCAACGCAUACCCGAUGUCGAGCAGUUACGAUGUGAUAAUCUACGGAAUGAUACCCUCCUAACAGCGAGCGUGAGCGAAUUAUGCCAAACUGAUAUUACCGUUAAAUAUUAUAAGUACCUGACCGUGGCUGUCACUUCUGCAGCGUCACUUAUUAUUAUUUUACUUCUCAUCAUCGCGUUAUUCUAUAAAUAUAAUUUGCAAGCGAAAGCCACAUAUUUAUAUAGCCACAAUAUAUUAACUUGUUGCAUUCAUGAGCGUGAGCUGGAUAAGAAUAAAAGAUUCGAUGCGUUCAUCUCCUAUGCACACCAAGACGCUGACUUCGUCAUCCAGAUUUUACUGCCACAACUCGAGCAAUGCGAACCACCAUUUCGUAUAUGCACGCACGAACGAAAUUGGUUGGCAGGCGCGUAUAUACCUAAAGAAAUCAUCGAAUCGGUUGAGCAGUCGCGUCGUACGAUCAUUGUUCUCUCGCAGCACUUCAUCGAAUCGGAAUGGGCGCGCAUGGAGUUUCGCACAGCGCAUCAGUGCUCGUUGAACGAAGGUCGUGCACGCAUAAUUAUGAUUAAAUAUGGUGAAAUUAUCAACAGUGGUUUAUUGGAUAAGGAAUUGAAGGCAUAUUUGGACAUGAACACAUAUCUGGAUUGGCAAGAUGACAGAUUUUGGGAUAAACUACGCUAUGCGAUGCCACAUAAAAUGGGUAUAAAACCGAAUACCGAUAUGCUUGAAGUUAACGGAAGAAUAUACGUUAUGGGACAGGUUGAGAGAAAUCGUUGGCGUGACGAAUCUGUUUAAAUUUGUCCUAGGCGGGCAAUUUGCUGAAUCGAGUCAACAGUUACAGAUGUACAGAUUUUUGAAGAUUCCUCCGAAUUUUUCUAUAUAUAUGUAUACAAAUUCAUCUCGUUCAAAAUGAUGCUAUUACUUUUAAUUUCCACACUAAUACCAUAUACGAGAGCCAUAAAGGAAGUCAAAAUUUACUGAAGAGUUAACCCUUGUAGUGGUGAUCGCUC